ACCCACAUCACCAGAAAGCUCUCUUCUCUGGAAACAGGUGUGGCAAUGACAAACUCAUUAAAGACUGCACAGGCAGCUUCCCGCAAUCACUGAAGACAAAGAGAAGAUAUCAGCUUUCAGCCUUACUGAAAGAGGCAGAGAGCAAAUACUCACUCUUAGACAUCCAUAGCUUUGGAGUUAAUCUUGAAAAUUUCAGUGUUGUUGGAUUUAUCUUACCAUUCAGAUCAUCAACAUGUCUGACGACAGCUCCACUGAAGUUAUUUUUGCUGGAUUUCCAAUAGAGAGCGAGACUGAAAAUGAUGUGAAGGUGACCAACAAUUCUGUCAGUCUUCUGACGAGCCAUCAGACCACAGUCUUCCUCCCUCUUGUUUACAUCAUCAUCUUUGUUGUGGGGUUGCCCAGCAACGCCAUGGCCAUCUGGGUGUUCCUCUUCAGAACGAAGAAGAAGAAUCCCACAUCCAUCCUGAUGGUCAAUCUAGCACUGGCUGACCUGCUCUUCAUCGUGUGGCUCCCACUGAAGAUCACCUACCACUUCAACGGCAAUGACUGGACCUUCGGGGAGCCACUGUGUAAAGUCGUAGUGGGGUUUUUCUAUGGGAAUAUGUACUGCUCCACUAUCUUCAUAGCAUGCAUUAGUGUGCUGCGCUACUGGACAGUAGUGCGUCCACUUUCGCGGAAACCAAAUAGCCGUGUAACAGUCUGCAUAUGUGUUUGUGUGUGGGUUGUAGUCUGGCUCAUCACUGCACCGCUAUACCUGUAUGACCAGACGGUUAAAGUCAACAAUCUCAACACAACCACCUGCCAUGACAUCACUCGCUCCAACCAUACACACUUCCCUGUUGGAUAUUUCCUGACCAUGGGCACUGUGGGAUAUGUAGUCCCCUGUGUGGUCUGUAUUGUGUCAUACCCACUGACCUUUCACUCCCUCAGCAGGUCCACGUCAGACGCCAGCAGCAAUAAGAAAAAAAGGAAGGCUAUAGUCCUCAUGAUAGCUGUGCUGGUGAUGUUCCUGGUCUGCUUCACUCCCAGUAACAUCAUGCUGAUGGUGCAUUACUCUCUGCUGGGUGCAGGGCUUCAGAAUGAAGUCUAUGGUUUCUACAUGUUUGCUCUGUGUCUGGGCAGCCUGAACAGCUGCCUGGACCCGUUUGUGUACUAUUAUAUCUCGGAGGAGUUUAGAAAACUUGUAAGAAGUGCCCUGAUCUGUCACAAUGAGCACACAGGCAAAUUGAUAAGAGUUUCUUUCAGACCUGUAAAAACAUUGAAAGAAAGCCCAACCCCUCCAACAAGCACAACAUCGACAUCCACGCCUACAGUGUAUAAUCCAAAAGAACCCAUUAAAGAUUCUCUAAAUGCAUCUGUCGAGCAAGAAAAUGCAAAGCUUAAUUUUGAUUAAAGGCAUUUCAGCCUAAAACUAGCAUUUAAUAGGUGGAAAGGCCUCACAUUAUAUAAAAUCUUAAACACUGGUGGACUAAAGAAAAAUUGAGAAAAUAAUUUGAAAAAAUUGAGAAAAUCCCACUGCAUAUAGACACUUCUAUGACGGUUACCGUGAGUUUUGUGCCAUGUUGUUUUAUUUUGAGGCUGUUGUCUGAAUAUGGAGUGACUGUGGUGACCACAUGGCAGGGCACUAUGAAAUCUACUUGUGUAUGAAAACUACAACUGUCUUUCGAACCAUCUGAGAUGAGUUUGGGCCCAGAGGACUUGGCAGCGUUUCUGCAUUGAACUGAUAUAUGGAUUGGAGUUUUGAAUUUCAUUUCUUGAUGUAGACUCUGUUAAGUGACAACUAUUUUCCAGACAAGUCCUUCUGAGCCAGCGUGGUUAUAUUUACCACAGCAGCAUGAUGGUUUCUCAUGCAAUGCUGUCUGAGGGCUCGAAGGUCAUGCAGAUUCAACUGAAAUCACAGCAGAAAUCACAAUCACAGCCUUAUUACAUAUAUGUACCAUAUGUACAUUAUAUACAUUAAUUAAAAUAUAUACAAGGCACAAGACCCUUCUAACAAGGACCAAUCCAUAUGGUCCACACUGUCUCAGCUUGCCGUGGGACUGUAAAAAGCCAGGUAAAUGAUUAGGAUGCUUUCCCCCAGCUCAAAGCCAAAAUGCUGAUACUUCCAGAUAAGAUUAAACUGAUACUGAGAUUACUGACCAAAGUAGCAUGAAAUAAGGAGGUUGCUGGGGAGCAGGGAGCACUAAAACAGAGGCACAGUGAGGAUGUAUUUGUGGAAUGAAAUAACUAGGAAAAAUGUGACCUCAACCACGACAUCUCCUGGAUUGCCAGUGGGACAAUCUCAUCCACCAGGAAUUUCCGAGUUCAUUUCCUGUGACAGAUAUAGAAGAUGAACAGCUGCAGUUCAAAGCACCACCUUGUUAUCUAUAAGUUCUAGUGCUUCAUAUUGUUCAUCCAUGUGAAAACUUUACUUCUUUACAUCAUCUUAAGAAAGUUUGAAUGAUGCUGCUUACUGGUAAACGUGAUUUUGAGACAUUUCUGAUGAAUGUGAGUGAGAGGUAACAGGGUUGAGUGAAUAUUAAGGGAUUAGCAAAAGCUAUAAUGAAUGACUCAUGAAACAGUAUUUUUCACAUAUUAAUGAGAAUUAAUGAUUUUUGAAAUACUUCAAUGAUUAUAAGGUUAUGAAGGUAAAGUGUAGCUAUGAUGGACUGUUUUCCUUAUUUAUCUGAAAGAUGCACAUAUGUUGCUGUAAAAGUAACUUUACCUGUUUACAAUGUCUUUAUCUUUACUUUGCAUACAUACUACUGAAUUUACAUUCACAGGGACACAAAUGGCAGUCCAAUUGUAGAGUCACCCAAUUAGUAAAUUCAUUCUGAACUGCAGUAUCAGACACUUUUUAGUAACUAUAGACUGUAUUCACAAAACCAAGAAGAAGCAUCCUGCGGCCAUAUUGUUGACAUUCCAUCAACAUAAUGUAUAUGAGCAUUCAGUGCCAGCUGUGGCUUCCAAAUAUAUGAAGAAAAAGUCAGUUUGAUCAGAGGGGCUGAUCCGUACCAAAUCAAUAAUCUAUCUUAGAAUCCAAAUUACACGUUACUGUCCAAGAUAACAUAUGCAGUCAUCUAUAAUUACCUUAAAGUAGAAAAAAUCUAGACAUAAGUAGUUCAAUUCCAAAGGUCAGUUAUCAAUCCUGAACAAUUCUCAACAUUAGUAAAUGAUCAAAA